GAUGGCUGUGGUGCUUCUGGCAGGAGAAAUCCCAGAGGAAUCGGAAAUUCUGAUGUAACAGCUACCGGCCAAUUCGGGCUGGCCCCUCAGCUGCGGGGCGGGCGGCGCGGCAGCACCCCGCCGGCGGAGCGGGCCGACCGGGGGGCAGCGCCCACAACUUCGGGCGGUUCAGCUGCCGGCGGAGCCGCCCCGACGCUGCGCCCGAACUCCCAAGCGGCGGCGGGCACCGCGCCCGGCCCUCGGCCCGUCCCCUCGGCCGCGGGAGAGACGCGGCCGCAGGUGCCGAGGGGCCUCCCCGCCCCGGGCGCGAGCGCGCGGGCUCCGCCCCCGCGGCCCGUGCGCGCCCCACCUGAGCCCGCCGAGGCGGCGGCGGCGGCGGCUCCGCAGCGCUCGGUCAGCACCGCUCCGCACCGCUCCGCACCGCCGGGGCCGGGCGAACGCAUGCGCCGGGCCGGUGGCAGCGGGCGAGCCGCCGGGGUCCGGCGGAGUUGGGACGCGCUCGCCUCGGUCCGGGCGGAGCGGAGCUGCCGCUCCCGGCGGCGCCGCCGCGCUGCCUCCCGCCUUCCCUCUGGCCGGCAGCUGAGGUAUGAAACGUCCGUUAAGUCCUGACCACGUCUUUGAAGAUGGGAUUAUGAAUCAACCAGCUAUUCUACAGGGCUUUGAAGAAAAAGGACUGAGGAAUGACAGACAGGACUAUCAAUUAAGCAAAGAAAAAAAGAAGAUACUGUUUUCUUUCUGUGAAGUGUGCAAUAUACAGCUGAACUCUGCAGCACAAGCUCAAGUUCAUUACAAUGGGAAGUCUCACCUGAAAAGAGUGAAGCAGCUAAAUAAUGGAAAACUCCCUACAAGUACGGCUCCUGGCACUUUGUUUGCAAGUACAAGCACAGGCACUACUACACUUCCCACCCUUGUGCGCACACCUACCUUGAUGAUGCAGCCCUCCCUGGAUAUCAAACCCUUUAUGUCCUUCCCUGUGGACAGCAGCUCUGCUGUUGGAUUCUUCCCAAAUUUUAACACAAUGGAUCCUGUGCAAAAAGCAGUCAUAAACCACACAUUUGGAGUGUCCAUUCCCCCAAAGAAGAAACAAGUAAUUUCCUGUAAUGUUUGCCAGCUUCGCUUUAACUCUGAUAGCCAGGCCGAGGCCCACUACAAAGGAAGUAAACAUGCCAAGAAGGUCAAAGCACUAGAGGCAACGAAAAAUAAACCCAAAGUUGGUUCUUCCAAGGACAGCGCAAAGGCUAACACAAGCUGCUCCACCACGCCAGUCACAGCCAACAUCUCUGACAAAUCAGAAGACAAAGGGAAAGCAAAACCCAGUAGUGCAAGUCAGCAGUCCAGUACUGAAGUGAGUCCUUUUCUUCCCAAACCUGGAGUGGCAGCAGUGGCACCUGUAACACCUGCAUCAUCUUCCAAGAGCACAAAUGGAGCUCCUAACACAGUUUCUGAGUCAGAAGAGGAAAAAGCCAAAAAACUACUUUACUGUUCAUUAUGCAAAGUGGCUGUGAAUUCCCUGUCACAACUAGAAGCCCACAAUACAGGUUCCAAGCACAAGACCAUGGUCGAGGCUCGGAAUGGUGCUGGUCCCAUCAAGUCUUACCCUAGACCUGGAUCCCGCCUGAAGAUGCAGAAUGGCAGUAAAGGCUCAGGACUGCAGAACAAGACGUUUCAUUGUGAAAUCUGUGAUGUCCAUGUUAACUCAGAAAUUCAACUUAAACAGCACAUUUCCAGCCGAAGGCAUAAGGACAGAGUUGCAGGAAAGCCUAUGAAACCUAAAUAUAGUCCUUACAACAAACUGCAGCGCAGCCCAAGUAUUUUAGCAGCAAAACUCGCAUUCCAGAAGGACAUGAUUAAGCCGCUGGCACCUGCUUUCCUUUCGUCUCCCCUGGCUGCGGCCGCAGCUGUGUCAUCGGCUCUGUCCCUCCCGCCCCGGCCCGCUGCCUCCCUCUUCCAGGCCCCUGCAAUACCCCCGGCUCUCCUCAGGCCGGGCCAUGGUCCCAUCCGGGCAACACCUGCCUCCAUACUUUUUGCACCAUACUAACUUAUUGAUGUAAAAAAGAGAUACUUACGGCCAGUAGAAAGAGUACAACAAAAACAGGAAAAGGGUCGAGAUUUUAAAAUGUCUUUCUCUUUCGAAAUGCCAUCCAGCGUUGACACCUCAACCACCCACACCAUAAAAUUCAUCAUUGACAGUACUGCAUUUUGGAGUCUAGACAACUCUCUCAGUCUCUCUCUGUCUCUUCUUUUUUAACCCAAAUACAGAGUGAUUUAGUAAAAACUUAAUUGCUCAUAAAAUUUAUACCAUUAAAGAUUCAUACCUUUUUUUUUUUUUUUUCCUCAAUGUCUAUGAUGCACCUUGGAAUCAAGGAACGUAAAGUACUUUCCUGACAGACUUGAAAACUAGGGUCUUCCUCACUCACGCUUAUGUAAAUACUUCUCUGAAAACCAAUGGGGUAUACUCCUAAAUGUGGGAAAAAAGGUAGAUGAACCAAAUGCUUGAUUGUGGAUCACAUCUCAAAAAUUAAUUGCGUCUUUCUUUUUUCCAUGUGCUCUUGUUGACAGGGAUUGUGUACUGUCCUAGGCCCCAGUACUGGUGUAUCUUGUGUAGUACUAAAGAUGUAUCACAUGUCUGAUUUUAAUAUUUUUAGUUUCUGUGCAAAUGUUUGAAAGCAAUGCAGUGCUGAAGCUUUUAAUUAUUUCUUCUGUGUCACACUUUAUUUAGAGAAAUUACAAAUAGAAAGCCAUAUAACAUAUAGUUAAGAAUACUACUUGUUUGCUACUUUCAUUUAACUUAUUUUUGUUGUUUACUCACUGGUGUUGCUAAGCAAUAUUUAAAGAGAAAAAAAGCUUUUCAAUUGCACAUUACCACAGCUCACAUGCAUUGUUCAAGAAGACAAUGUUUCCAUGUAUUUGUACGUAAAUAUAAUUUUUUCUUAAUUUCUAACUAGCUUCCUUUGUAAUGAUGCUGCAUAACGUUGUGGCUCCCUAAUGCAAUAAUGUACAGAACAUAAAAUAUUUAUAAUUGACCGUAUUCUCUGUUUACUGAAUAUAUUGCAGUAAUUCCCCACCUAUCUUCUUACCUCCCCAACCCUUUUAUAAAGGUGAUAUCAAUAUGCAGCACUCAGACUGAAGUCAUUGUGUGAUAAUGAGGACAACAGGUGGAAGAAAGGAGAAAAAAAAAAAAAAACAGAAUUAACUUUUAGAGCAUCUUUAUCUGCAAUCCAUAAUAGUAAAAUGUCUGUGUAUUUUUUUAAAUGUACCUUUUCAAUAAAACAAUAAGAAAA